GCGGUUCAUAUUACCAUCACCGUCCCCCUACUUAAACCAGAGAACCACGAAGGGACAAGUUCGAUGCAGCUCGCUUGCUCUUCAAUUCAAAUCCGACCAAAUUCUCGGGGAAGAAGAAGAUGAACAGAUUUGAUUCAUAAAUGCUCGGAUCUUUUGUUUGCUGAUCGGAUUCGCUUGCGGAGGGGAAAACAUAACCGGCCUUCGAUCUCUUCUCCAAUUCAAUCGGAAUCCUUCAGUGAUGGCUGUAGCCACGGAGGCGCAGUUCCAUGUUCUUGCAGUAGAUGACAGUCUCACUGAUAGGAAGCUCAUUGAAAGACUCCUCAAGACUUCGUCGUUUCAAGUGACGACUGUAGAGUCGGGAAGUAAGGCGCUUGAGUUCUUGGGGAUCCGAGAGGAUCAGGAGAGGGCUUCUGCUGCUAAUUGCGCGCAUGAGAUCGAGGUGAAUUUGGUCAUUACUGAUUAUUGUAUGCCUGAAAUGAGUGGGUUUGAUCUGUUGAAGAAGAUCAAGGAAUCAUCAGCUUUUAAGGAUAUUCCAGUUGUAAUAAUGUCUUCUGAAAAUGUGCCUUCCAGGAUCAACAGAUGCUUGGAAGAAGGAGCAGAAGAAUUCAUACUAAAACCAGUAAAGCUGUCUGAUAUGAAUAAACUCAGGCCUCAUAUACUCAAAGGAAAAUCCAAAGAAAAUAAUGGCGAAUUCAGCAGCAGCAGCAGAGGCAAUAAAAGAAAAGCUAUUGAGGAAGGGCUUUCACCUGAGAGGAGAAGGCCCAGGUUCUCAAAUAACAACCCUAAUGGCUUGACUGUGCUGUGAUUUUUCAGAAUAUUUCAUAAAUAAAUAAAUAUAUAUUUUUUUUUUCUUG